CCAUUUGAAAGCAAUAAAACACGGUGGAAACAUUCACGAAAUAUAGAAAACUUUUUUAUAGUUUACGUAGUGUUAUUAUCUUCACAAAGCCUGCCCUAUAAAACCAAAGGCCAGAGUAUUUAGCAUACGGUUAAAAACUACGGCGUAGAAGAAGAAGAAACUAGCAGGGAGUACAUACAUAUUUACAUACACACUGCACACAAAAAAUUGCAAUACAAAAUGUUGCCUGCCAAAUCGUCGCAGAAUAAAAGCGGUGCAACUGUACGAUGUGUUGGUACUGCUGAGAAACGGCCAAAGUCCUCUUCAAUAAUUACAUACAGUCCCAGUAAAUUUUUGGUGCAAGGCAGCAGCGUUAGUGUCGGCAGCGGUUCUUACACAAAAAAACCAACAACACCCACACAUCACAACACCAACACACACUCAAUACAGAAUAGACAAAUUACAAAAUCAGCAAUAGUCAACACAAAUAAAUUAUCGACGGCAAAGGCGAGCACAACAACUUCAUCGUAUUAUGUGGUCAAAGCGGGAUCAUUGGGCUCCGCAGCCACAGUGUCGGCGGCGACUGCAGCUACGGUACCAACCUCGCCCUCGUCAUCGCCGACUUCCAAAAUGCAGCUGCAUGCUAAACCUUCAGCGUCUGCAGUAGGGGCUUCCGCUACCCCAACAACAACUUCUCCAACAGAAAGUUCAAGCACCAUUUCUGUUCCCGGCGACACUUUUAUUAGCGAUAAAAUGGAACAUAGUUACUUGCGCGAUUCAGCUCGGACGGAUAUAAACAACAGUGGUUUGGCGCCUGCUCGCACCAUUUUAGUGCGUCAUCCGCCGCAGUGUCCUUCGUGUCACACAUAUCCUAUGCAAGAAGAAUCCCAUGAGGCGCAACAGGCACAUGUGCCGCCCUAUGAUGAAAUUGCUGCUAAGGAGAUGAUGAACGAGUGCGCCCAUAUUGCUAAAUAUGUGAAAAACAAUAAUUCUGAAGAACAAGAUUGGGAGGCGCGUAUUAAUCAAAUCGGUUGGACUGCCGUGCAAAAGUCACUCUUUGAAAAGGUUGCUCGAAUUCUGGAUCAGGAUCAAUUGGCACGCCUUGCUAAUGAGAAACGUCAACACGAGGCCAUUCAUCGUCGUGUCACGGUGGAUAAGUCCAGUUCUCGUAUGCGCCGCGCUCUCGCUAGCAUUGCAUGGGAGCCACGUACCACACAGUGGUUGCACGCGCUGCUCAUGGAGAAUCUGCCUCCAACAUAUAUGGCCUCAUAUUUGGACAUCAUGCAAACCUUGAAGACCAAGUUGCCCACGCUUACUGAUAAAAUGCUCUUUAGCCGACCACUCAACAAUAGCCAAGAGCUGUUGGCACCGGUAAUGAAAAAGAAAUGGGAUCCAGUUAUAAUGCCCAAGUCGCGUCAUCUGCCACACAAUGCCAUUAUGGUAGUGUUGCCCAGUAUGCCCACCACCACCCAAGUGCCGGAGCGCAUGCAAAGGUGGUAUAAGGCUUUGGCUAAUAUAACACAGGUCGUGCAAAUUACACUUCCCAACUCGAAUGAUCGCAUUGGACGCCAGAAUUUGGAUCAAGUGGCAGAGACAAUAGUAUCGCUAACGCGCGUGCGUAUUCACGAGCUGCGCACGGAGAAUCCGAAUCGGGGCAUCAUUCUGAUCGGUUUCAAUGCUGGCGCAGCUCUGGCCCUUCAGGUGGCCAUGUCAGAGAGUGUGGCGUGUGUAAUCUGCAUGGGGUUUGCCUAUAAUACCCUUCGUGGCCCACGAGGUGCACCUGAUGAUCGUUUGCUGGAUAUAAAGGCACCCAUUCUGUUUAUAAUCGGUCAAAAUUCGGCUCGCAGUAGCCAAGAGGAAAUGGAAAUGCUACGCGAGCGUAUGCAGUCGGAAUCUACCUUGGUUGUCGUGGGAAGUGCUGACGAUGCUUUGCGAGUACCAAAAAGCAAGCGGCGCAUUGAAGGCGUUACGCAAGCUAUGGUGGAUGCCAUGGUAGUGGAUGAACUAUUCGACUUUGUGAACAAAACUCUCAGCAAUCCACCAGGUCCUCGAAUGCCCAUCUCAUUAAUGACUCCAGCGGCCGCAUAUUAUAAACAGAAAACUGUUCAAGCGGAUGGAAAUGCCAACAAAACGUUGGGUCAGUCCCGCAAAAGAAAGAACGAUGGUACCCUCGAAGAUAUCAACACGUCAGCCAAAAUCAAGCAUGUUCCACACAAAUCACGUGCACCCAGAGUUUCCAAGCCAAAGGCACCCCGACUCAUUGAUCCAUUUGCGGUUAAAAGAAAGGUCUUUCCCUCCACAGUUGGGCGGCCACGCACCCGGCCUUUGCCCAACAUUGUGCCAGGUGGCAAGGGCGGAAUUACAGCGACAGGCAAACAAGCACAUUCCAAUGAGGAUCUUAACAUGUCGAUGGAGUCCAUACUGGAUGAAAACUUGGACUAUGAAGACGUAACAAUGGGCGACGCCGCGAAAGGCAACGUUUCGAUGUCUAAGCCCAUACCCAGCAACACAGUCGGAGUCGCCCCCUCGUCUGCUAGCACGACAACCCCAAAGAAUACAGUGCCACUAGCGGCAGGCACCAAAAUUAAGAUGAUAUCAUCUAACCAGUUUGUGCAGCUAAAGUCUAUGCCAACGCAGAACAAGCUUAUCAACUAUACCAUCAAUAAGGGAUCUGCCGUCACCACAGGAAAUAGCAUUGGAAGUAUUGUCAAGACCUUGCCAUCAUCCGCCAGUGGGCAACAGAUUUUUACACUGAAAACACCCAUAGGCCAGACAACUCACUUUGUUACUGCGGCCUCACCGGCGGCUCAACAAAAAUACACGGUGGUUAAGAACCCCAAUGGCACCACCACAUUGCAACUGACCAAGAAUGUGCCAGCAACGACGGCAGUUGCCAACGCAGUAUCCAGCGGAAUGGACUUGUCUAACAUCAUUGAUAUGCCCAUUGUUUUUGCUGACAAUGAUGGUAACAUAGCCGAGCAACAGGAACAACAGCCCCCAGUGACCAAGAGUGCUUCCACCAACAAUGUGGGCCAACUCAUAAUUAGCCAGAAGAUCAUCAAGGAGGGUAAUCAACCAACGUCAACUGGCACAUUGACCAAGACAGCGCCCACUAGUAUUGUAAGCACCGCCAAAGGCAGCACCAUAAUGCUGAAUAAAGGUCUGCAGCAGCUUUUCAGUGGCAACACCACCAGUGGCGGUGGCAACAAAGUCGUCUAUCUCAAUCGUAGUUCGAUCAAGCCUAUGGGUGGCGUAGUUACGGCACGACUGCCUAGUGGCGCUACAAGUGCAGGCACAUUACAGCCAUACACGAAGAUUUUGUUGAGCAGCCCCAAAGGGAGUACCGCAGUUGGAGCCACCGGCACUCCACCAGGCACACUGCGGCACACAGGCAGCGUCAGUCUGGGCAACAAGAGUUAUCCGCAAUUUCAAGUAAUCAACAGUGUAACUGGAACUCCGUCGAUCUCUGGGGAUGGCAAGCAACAAAUUCGAAAUAUAUAUUUCAAAUCGGCCACGGGACUGAAGCAGGUGCCCGUGCAAAUGCUGGCCAAUCGAACAGCGGGCACCACUGUGACCACUGCUAGUGUCGGCGGCUCAGGCGGCACCUUGCGCCGCGUAGUGAAUAUUGGAGCGGUUACAACAAAAGCAGUUACGGGAGGCACUCAAGUACAAACACAACCGGAGAGCCAGCCAAAGGUCAUCAAGCUGCAGGCAACGACGACGACAACGGCUACGGUGACACCCACGACAACAACAAAGAGCACGGAGGCAUAAAAAAUUGGCCACAAAUUAGAUUUGUGGUUAACUUUCUCACAAGCACACUCAGUUUUAUUAGAUAUAAGUCAAUUUAUAAGCGUAGCCCGAAACUGUUUUAACCGUUUGUAUGUGCGUACAUUCAUGUAAUAUACGAGGUCAGUGCGAUCUGUUUCAAGCCUAACAAUAAUAUAAAUAUUAAAAAAAAAAACAGUUUGUUCU